AUGUCUGUCUUCAAUAGCUCUGCUCUGUAUCCUCGCUUCCUUCUGACAGGCCUCUCAGGCCUUGAAAGCAGAUAUAGUUUGAUUUCCCUCCCCAUCUUCUUGGUCUAUGCCACCUCAGUUGCAGGGAACAUUACUAUCCUAUUUAUCAUCCGAACUGAGCCCUCCCUCCACCAACCAAUGUACUACUUUCUGUCAAUGUUGACACUUACUGACCUGGGCCUAUCGACUACGACCUUUCCUACCAUGUUCAGUGUCUUCUGGUUCCACGCCCGGGAGAUCUCCUUCAAUGCUUGUCUGAUCCAGAUGUACUUCAUUCAUGUUUUCUCAAUUAUUGAGUCAGCUGUGCUGUUAGCCAUGGCCUUUGACCGCUUUGUAGCAAUCCGAGAGCCCCUGCGCUAUCCAACCAUUCUAACCAAUCGUGUAAUCACUGGGAUUGGGUUGGCAGUUGCUGUAAGGGCUUUGGUUCUGGUCUUUCCAGCUUCCUUCCUCCUAAAGAGGCUUCAAUAUCGUCCUGUUAAUAUUCUCUCCUACACCUUCUGCCUGCACCAGGACCUCAUAAAGACAACUGUAUCCAGUCGUCGGGUCAGCAGCAUCUAUGGCCUCAUGGUGGUCAUCUGUUCCAUGGGACUUGAUUCAGUGCUCCUCCUCCUCUCCUAUGUACUCAUUCUUGGCACAGUGUUGAGUAUAGCCUCCAAGACAGAAAGAGUGAAAGCACUCAAUACCUGCAUUUCCCACAUCUGUGCUGUGUUCACCUUCUAUACGCCAAUGAUUGGGCUAUCCAUGAUCCGUCGCUAUGGGCAGAAUGCUUCCCCAAUUGUCCAUGUGCUCAUGGCCAAUGUCUACUUGCUGGUUCCACCCCUCAUGAAUCCCAUCGUUUACAGUGUAAAGACCAAGCAGAUUCGUGACAGAAUCCUCAAGAAAUUCAAACAACAGAAAGUUUAG